UGAGUUCAUCAGAGAGGAUGGUGAAGAGAAGUUCUGGCAGUUUGUCGAUACUGUGAAGGAGUUAACUGUUUACAAAAAUGGAGAGUCUGUCCGCUCAUAUUAUAACCUGAUCAUCAAGAAGGCUGGGCAGUUUUUGACAGAUCUUCAGGUCAACCAGCUGAAGCUGUCUAUGUCUCUCAGGGCUUACUCACCGGCUGUGCAUGCUUUCCAACAAAUAGCAAGUGAUGAACCUCCUCCUGAUGGCUGCACUGCUUUUGUGGUUGUUCACGGUCAAAAUGCCUGCA